AUGGCCCCCAAGCGACAGUCUUCUAUCACACCUCCAAUGAAGAAACCAAGACUGCCCCCUGUCUCGGGGCCGGAGGAGGCGUUGGCCUCUCUGGACUUACCCAAGGGAGAGAAAGAGCAACAAGAAGCAAUUGAACAUAUCAAUGAAGUACAAAAUAAAAUAGACAGACUUAAUGAACAAGCCAGUGAGGAGAUUUUGAAAGUAGAACAGAAAUAUAAUAAACUUCGCCAACCAUUUUUUCAGAAGAGGUCAGAAUUGAUCACCAAAAUCCCAAAUUUUGGGGUAACAACUUUUGUCAACCAUCCACAAGUGUCUGCACUGCUUGGAGAGGAGGAUGAAGAGGCGCUGCAUUAUUUGACCAGAGUUGAAGUGACAGAAUUUGAAGACAUUAAAUCAGGUUACAGAAUAGAUUUUUAUUUUGAUGAAAAUCCUUACUUCGAAAAUAAAGUUCUCUCCAAAGAAUUUCAUCUGAUUGAGAGUGGUGAUCCAUCUUCAAAGUCCACUGAAAUCAAAUGGAAAUCUGGGAAGGAUUUGAUGAAACGUUCAAGUCAAACGCAGAAUAAAGCCAGCAGGAAGAGGCAGCACGAGGAACCAGAGAGCUUCUUUACUUGGUUUACUGACCAUUCUGACACAGGUGCAGGUGAGUUAGGGGAGGUCAUCAAAGAUGACAUUUGGCCAAAUCUGUUACAGUACUACUUGGUUCCCAAUAUGGAUGAUGAAGAAGGAGAAGGAGAAGAAGAUGAUGAUGAUGAAGAAGAAGAGGGAUUGGAAGAUAUUGAUGAAGAAGGAGAUGAGGAUGAAGGUGAAGAAGAUGAAGAUGAUGAUGAAGGGGAGGAAGGAGAGGAGGAUGAAGGAGAAGAUGACUGACAGAACACUGAUGGAUUCCAAUCCUCCUUUUUAAAAAAUUUUUCUCUAGUCCCUGGGAGCAAGUUGCAGUCUUUUUUUCUUUUUUCUUUUUCUUUUUUUCUCUUUUUUUUUUUUUCCCCUCUUGUGCUCAGUCACCCUGUACUUGAGGUCUCUUUUCUCUACACCAUGGCUCUCAACUUAUUUUAGCGGGAAAAACCUUGAGCAGAAACAAUGGGAAAAGAAUCUCUACCCUUUUCUGUUCCAAAUUCAUUUUGAUCCCUUCCUGUCUCAACAAAAACUGUUUGGAACCAACACCACCGUGCUCUGUGAGAAAAAAAGAAAAUCCUUCUGCUCCCUUCGUUCUGCUAGAAGCCGGAGGGUGCUAGGCCUCUGUGUAGUAGUGCAUAGAAUUCUAGCUUUUUUUCCUCCUUUCUCUGUAUAUUGGGCUCAGAGAUUACACUGUCUCUAUGUGAAUAUGGACAGUUAGCAUUUACCAACAUGUAUCUGUCUACUUUCUCUUGUUUAAAAAAAGAAAGAAAAACUU